AAAUCCGUCUAUAAAUACAUCCUCCACUGUUUACUUUUACCACGUCAUUCCGAGGUUUCCCCCUUUUGUCUCCUUUUUUUAGUUUUUUUCUUUUGACUCCGUCACUUCCGUCUGAUUCAUUCACAACCCUAACACCGACUCUCUCCCGAAAGUGCCAAAACUAUUCAUUUCAUUUGAUUUAAAACCGCCAUAAUCCAAAGCUUCCCAACCUCCGAUUAAGAAUUAUCCCAAAUUCCAAAUCAUUCUUCUCGAUUUUUCGCUAUGGGAAAUGGUGAUAAACGUCGUCCUCCCAAAAAGAUCAAGUUUUCCAAAAAGGAGGAAGAACAGAGGUCGGAUUCGAUUGAUGAUUAUAGCUGGUAUAACGAUGACAGCGAUGACGAUUAUGAUCGGGACGCCGACGGGAAGAACAGGGAUUUCACCCAAUUGGAAUUGAAGUCCGAUCACGACAAUCGGCCGUUGUGGGCUUGCGCCGAUGGUCGGAUUUUCCUGGAAACUUCCUCCCCACUUUACAAACAGGCGUAUGAUUUUCUGAUUGCAAUUGCAGAACCCGUUUGCCGGCCGGAGUCGAUGCACGAGUACAAUUUGACUCCCCACUCGUUGUACGCCGCCGUUUCAAUUGGUCUCGAAACCGAAACGAUAAUCUCGGUUCUGAGUAAGUUGUCGAAAACCGAACUCCCCCAACAGAUCAUUGAUUUCAUUCAUCAAUCAACGGCUAAUUAUGGUAAAGUGAAGCUUGUCCUGAAGAAGAAUCGGUAUCUGGUUGAGUCCCCGUUUCCAGAGGUGUUGCAGAAAUUGCUCCAGAAUGAAACCAUUCGUCGAGCUAGAAUCGCAUCGGAGGAGGGAUUUACUGUGGGUAAAGCCCUGGGUGAAAUAGAAGGAAAUCACCAUGAUGGGUUACUGAAUGAAGCCGAGAUAGCUGCUGUAACAGAGGAAAAGGAAACCCAUUCCUUUGAAAUUGAUGCCGAAAAGGUUGAAGACGUCAAGCAGGCUUGUUUGCCUAAUGCUUUGAAUUAUCCAAUGUUGGAGGAAUAUGAUUUCAGGAAUGAUUUUAUCAAUCCUGAUCUUCAUAUUGAACUGAAGCCUCAAGCCCAGCCUAGACCUUAUCAGGAAAAGAGUCUUAGCAAAAUGUUUGGUAAUGGCAGGGCAAGAUCAGGUAUCAUUGUGCUGCCUUGUGGUGCCGGAAAGUCUCUGGUGGGUGUUUCUGCCGCAAGUAGGAUUAAAAAAAGCUGCCUUUGUCUGGCAACAAAUGCUGUCUCUGUUGAUCAGUGGGCUUAUCAGUUCAAGUUGUGGUCUACAAUUCGCGAAGAUCAAAUCUUCCGUUUCACAUCAACAAACAAAGAAACGUUUCGAGGUGACAAACCUGUUGUAGUUGUAGCCACGUACAACAUGAUUGCUUUUGCUGGGAAACGUUCUGAAGAAGCUGAAAAGAUAAUGAAUGAAAUCAAAAGCAAAGAGUGGGGAUUGCUUCUAAUGGACGAGGUUCAUGUUGUCCCUGCUCAGAUGUUUCGGAAAGUUAUCAGCCUUACUAAAUCUCAUUGUAAAUUGGGACUUACAGCUACACUUGUGAGAGAGGAUGAGAAGAUUACAGACUUGAAUUUUCUCAUCGGCCCCAAAUUGUACGAGGCAAAUUGGAUGGAUUUAGCAAAAGGUGGGUUCAUAGCAAAUGUUCAGUGUGCCGAAGUGUGGUGUCCAAUGACAAGGGAGUUUUUUGGUGAAUACUUGAAGCCUGAUAAUUCCAAGAAGAAGCAAGGACUUUACGUGAUGAACCCGAAUAAGUUCAGGGCUUGCGAGUUUCUGAUCCGGUUCCAUGAGGAGCAGCGUGGCGAUAAAAUAAUCGUGUUUUCUGACAACAUUUUUGCUCUUCAAAAGUAUGCAUUGAAGCUGAACAAGCCUAUGAUAUAUGGUAAAACAGGGCAUGCUGAGAGGACAAAGAUUCUGGAGGCAUUCAAAACUAGCAAGCAAGUCAACACCAUCUUCCUGUCAAAGGUUGGUGAUAACUCAAUUGACAUCCCGGAGGCGAAUGUGAUCAUCCAGAUCUCAUCACAUGCUGGUUCAAGGCGCCAAGAAGCUCAGCGACUCGGGCGUAUUCUCAGGGCUAAAGGGAAGCUUCAGGACAGAAUGGCAGGGGGUAAAGAAGAGUAUAAUGCAUUUUAUUACUCACUUGUCUCCGUAGAUACACAAGAAAUGUUUUACUCAACAAAAAGGCAACAGUUCUUGAUUGACCAAGGCUACAGCUUCAAAGUUAUCACGAGCUUGCCUCCUGAUUCCGGACCUCGGGACUUGAGCUAUAAUCAAAAGCAAGACCAGCUCGCGCUUCUUGGAGAGGUACUGAAUGCCGGUGACGAUGAUGCUCUUCUGGAGAAACUGGAAGAAGACGAAGAUGGUAUGGCGCUUAAAAGAGCCAGUAGAUCUUCUAAAGCCAUGAGUUCAAUGUCAGGAGCAGACGGGAGGGUUUACAUGGAAUAUAGUACCACUGCACAAAAAAGACCUGCACAAGGCCAGAUGAAGAGCAAGCCAUCUUCCUCAAAUAGGAAGAGAAAUCCAUUAUUCACUAAACGCUACAAUUAAGCUGGAGGACCAGCUAGCAAACUGCCUGGCUUGAAGAAAAUGUCUAAAAAUAUGUUUAUGCUCAAAUUCAUGCAUUCAAUCAUUUUAAAACUCUCAUAUAUUUGGUUCUAUUCUUAUCAUUUUAAUCAUUUUUUACCUAUUCAGGGUUGUGUUGUUACUGAUCAGUUUUAAGAUCAAGUACUAGCCUUUUCAUUCUGGAGUGUGUAUAUGUGUACCUCAUCCAAAUAUGAAGUGUCCAAAUAUCUGUUUUUGCGAUCCGCUCAUGCACUAAGAGUGUCCAAGAUGAGUAUCAAUUCAUAUAUUUAUGUUUUUUUUUUUUUUUUUGGGAAAAUAUGAGGUCGGUUUGUAAUUUGUUGCAUGGUGAAUUUGGGAAGCAGUUUAGAGAUCAAUCAAAGCAGCUGAAACUCUAAACCACCGCUGCUUAUAAUAUGUACUUGUAGCGCGUUUGAUCUCCUAGUUUCUCUGUAUUACCUUCUUUUCGAUCUUAAAACUCUUAGCCCGCAAGAUUUUUGUCUUCAUCAUCAGAAAAGAAAGCUGACAAUCAUGGAUUCCGGAUCCAGUAAACCCGAUCAAUUACCCCGUAGCUCUCCCGCCGACGAAGUCCGACCCGAUCAACUGCCCAGUGACUCUCCCGCCUCCGGAGACCAGGAAAGAGUACCUGAUUCCGGCCAGGUGACUUCCGCUGGCGUUAGUUUUUUCUCUCACUCUCUCACACUCACACUACGCGUAUCUCUGUCUUGUUUUCUGUUGUCUUUGCUUGAAUUUAGUGUGUUCCGGCGGAUAAGCUUCAGCCACAUUCGUUUUGCUACCCACCCACGGAUUAUUUUCCCCACCUUAGCUGGGUUAGUUCUUCUUCUUCAACCCUCUCUGUCUCUCCUCAAAAUUCACUGAUUAUUUUGUUUGAUUGAUUUUGUUCAUCUUGAUUGCAUAUUGAAGGGA